GAACAAAUUAUUGAAGUAGUGUUUUGAUUUGACAAUAUGUUAGUGUUUAUACUUUUCUUACAUGCGAUGCGAUAUGUGCGAUGUGCGAGCGAGAUGCCUUGUGACACGACUCGCGGAGUAUUUCGCGCGUAUCAAUAAGAUCAUGGUGGUCUUUUUUCCAUACAAUCGUUCUCGACAUUUUUCGCUCUAGAUUUUGGCCCUAGAUGAAUAUAUAUUUUUUUAUAAACUGUGUUUUUUUUGAUUUCCGUUAAUUUCAAAUGUGCAUCCCUGAGCUUAAAUUAAAUAACUUUCUCAAAGACACCGGUAUUCUAAUUAACUCCAUUUCGGAGAUAAGCAAUAUUUAUUUUUUAUCUUAUAAGGCCCUUACGAACGAGUACACUUGCCUUAGGGCCUGUUUACAUAUUGAUUAGUGUUUAGGAUCAGAUAAUACAUUUGCUACUAAACGUAAAUACUAUCUCGGACGAUUGAUGUUCGAAAUGACAUUGAUAUGUCACAGUUUUCAUUUUUUUGGUUGAGUUAAAUGUAAUGCCCGUGUUACAACAACGCUAUAUGUAACAUUUAAUUACUUUUUAUAAAAAAUAAAAAUAAUUUUUUUUUUUUUUAAAUUAACUAUGCCAUUUAGUUUCCCUUAACGUUCUUACCGUUACCCCGAAUUAAACGGAAUUCAAUAAAAACACGGUGUAUAUUCCUGUGUUUAUAAGAACAAGGUUACUUUAAAAAGCGCUAAAGACGUAAACAAACGUCUUGCAUAAAAAAAAAACGCAAAAAUGAAAACGGUCAGACGUAGAUAAUUUCUUUCUCAUUCUGUUUCCAAAAUUUCGUUACGACUGGUUAAGUUUUGGAGAAGGAAACUGUCGAGAACGAAACGUCGAUUUCUGAGAUUUUUCCGCAGGGUUUUUCGACAUAGCUGCAGUUGUCCUUAUCGCACUAAUUCUAGAAUUACAUUACGUUAAGUUCACACUAGUAUGAACCCUGUAAAUACGGUAAGUUAAAACACAGUAAGAACAUUUAUUUCUUACCUACGUAACUUACUAACUGGCAAUAAGAUGCUAUGGAUACAUGUUAUUAAACUUUACAUUACGAUUAAAAAUUACAUUUAGUUAGUAGUAGUUAGUAGAAAUUUACAGUAUUAGUAGUUUGUCUGUUGUAUUGUAUAUAUUUUCGUCUAGUCCUCACAACACGUCAAGUUAUUGAGCUUACUGUGUGUGUGUUAGAUUGUCCCGUUGUUUGUGUAUUUUUUUGCUAUUUAAUUACUCUUUGUUGGACACAUUUUAAUAAAUCCUUUUGUGCGAUUUGAAUAAAUAUUGCUCAUGCCAUAAAAUGUGUAGCUGUAGGUACAUUUUUAUUCAAACAGGAUCCGUCACGUAAAUAACAUCGUGGUCUCAAUUUCACACCCAUUAUAUAAGGAAAACUCACUAAAGUCAUCUAGUAAACAUCCAACCUGACUUCAACAUGUUAUACGUUGUGCUCGGGGCCCUGUUGGCUAGUUGCAUAAUGGCCUUAUAUGUGGUGCAGAAAAGGAGGUACUUCCAGCUAGCGGCGUUGGUGCCGACGUUCGAGGGGAGAUUGCCGAUAGUGGGACAUGCAUAUAAGCUGAUUGGGGGGAGUGAUCGAUUCUGGGAGAAUGCCCAACAGGCCACCAUAGCAGCUGAAAAAGCUGGCGGUGUCAUAUCAAUCUGGGCAGGGCCUACCGUGACAUUCAUUAUCAACGACCCAGACGAUGCGAUGACAGCGCUGAAUUCAUGUUUGGAGAAAAACUUCAUUUACAAGAUGGGUGCAAGUUGGGUCGGAGAGGGCCUCAUCACUGCCGAUGUGCCAAAGUGGAAGCGGAACCGCAAGCUACUCAAUCCUACAUUCAGUCAGCACGUUCUCGACGGGUUCCUAGCCAUAUUUAACCGGCAAGCAGCAUUGCUGGCUCAAGACCUGGAAGCUGAAGCUAGCACAGGUCCAUUCGACCCUACGGAGUAUCUGACUGAGAGGACCUUGGAGAGCGUAUGCCAAACAGCAAUGGGCAUAUCGCUGGACGACAGAUCAGUCAUCGACACCAAAUACAAGAAGGCCGUAGAAACAGCGUUCGACGUGCUAGCGCAGAGGCUGGCCAGCUUCUGGCUUCAUCCCGACUUUAUCUACCGCUUCACGGCGAUGAAGCAGAAGGAGGAUGAUGCUAUGGCUACCCUUCACAACAUGUCGAGAAGUGUUCUAUAUAAAAGAAGAAAGGAGCGUCAAGAAGCAAGGCUAGCUAACACAUCAUCUCGCCGCUUCAUAGCCUUCCUGGACCUGCUCCUUGACCUGGCCGAAGAAGGUUCCUUCACAGACGAUCAGAUCCAGCAGGAGCUGGAUACCCUCAUCGCAGCAGGACAUGAUACAUCGGCUCGAGCUCUCAUCUCCACUCUAGUGCUCGCUGGGACACAUUUGGAUGUCCAAGAGAAGAUUUAUGAAGAAAUUAUGGCAGUCCUUGGCUCCAGUGCAGACUUGAGCAAAGAAGACAUGGCGAAGCUGGUGUACACGGAGGCGGUCGUUAAAGAAGUGCUGCGCAUCAGCCCUGUGACUCCCAUCAUCGCGAGGGAUAUUGAGAAGGAACUCAAACUUAAGAACUAUACUCUCCCAGCGGGUAGCGGAUGCAUCGUCUCCCUCUGGGGCAUCCACCGCCUUCCAAUCUGGGGCUCGGACCGCAUGGAGUUCAAGCCAGAGCGCUGGCUGGACCCCUCCAAGCUGCCUCAGAACCCUGGCUGCUAUGGUGCCUUUAGCCUUGGGAGGCGGAACUGUAUUGGAAAGAACUACGCAUUGAUGUCAAUCAAAACCAACCUAGUGCACUUGGUCCGAAAGUUCCGCAUUACGGCCGACUACAGCAAAGUGAAGCGAAAGUACGACUUGUUGCUCAAGUACGUGGAGGGACAUCACAUCUGCUUAGAACUUAGGAAUUGAUCUAUUACGCAGUACGAAAAAACAGGCCUACGCUAAGGGUUAGUCAAAGUAAAAAUAAUUUGAAAUAGAGGUGAAUUGUCAAAGAACAUUUUGUAGUGACGGUAAAUUUACAGCCAUCUUUCGACACAUGAUUGAAACUUUUAGAACGCCAUUUGACUUUGAUCCUUAUUCUUUCACUGAUAUGUGGUAAAUUUGUUAAAUAUCAAAAAAAGGCGCCAACAAUAUUCACUUCAUAUAAUUUUUAAUGAAAUAAAAAUGGACAGUAAGACAUCUACUUUACAUAAUCAUUAUAUAUGUAAGCUCGUCUUUUUAAGAAUAAAAUGUGUCAUGCAAUUUUUUA